CACCCAAAUAAACUUUGUACAGAUAUUUUUCUAGAUUUUCUUAAUAUUUUAGUGAUAUUUUAUAAUGGAUGUGGCUGAUGACGAUGACUUUGCCACCAUGGCUUCGGGCAAUGAAACUACAGAGGCGGAGAAGGAAUAUGAAAGGAUUCUCGAGGACCUACGCGACGCCGAGGGUAUGAAGGUAUACGCUGACGUCUACACCAAGCUGUUCGACUCGUACUUCGCACUGAAGGAUGAGAAUAGAGAGAAACAGGAGGAGAUUGCUGGUCUACAUGAGAAAAUCUCCCGAUUCGACUCCACCCUGGAGCAGUAUAUAGCAGAGUUGAAGGACUCCAACAAAACCAUAGAGAAACUGCGAGCAGAUAUCGAGGAAGCCCGUGCGCUGGCCGACGCGAUGCACUCCCGGGAACUGGCCAGCGUGGAGAGUUUGGAGACGAUGAAGAAGAACGUGGCCAGGCUAGAGAAGGAACUGGACGCGAGGAAGAGAGUCGGGGAUGAGGACGCUGGUGCAACCUCAGCUGUGAAAGAAAAGGAGCGAUUCGAGAAAGAGAUAGCGCGGCUGACGGGAGAGUUGGAUGUGGUGAAGCAACGACUGGCCAACUCCGCCAGCUAUGUGGAAGAGCUGGAGCAGAAGAACAACGCAGCUGAGGAGAGUAUAGCGAGACUGGCGGAGCAACUUGAGGAAGCAGACAACAACGCAGUACGGACGAGCCGUCUGGUGGACCAUCUGAAGAGUGAGGGGGCCAGCAUGAAGUUGGAGAUAGACCAUCGGGGACACAGCAUCAAUGAGUUGACUGAUAAGGUCAGCAGAGCCGAGCGUGCGAUAGAGAAGCGGGACAAGCAACUCCGAGACAUCAACAGCAGGGUUGAGGCGGCGCAACAGGGCCAGGAAGCAGCGACGGCCAAGGCGGCGCAGCUGCGACAGCAACUGGACAGAGCCAAUGCAGAGCUAGACAAGAGCAAGCAGGCGGUCAGCAUCAGCGCCAAGCAGGUCAAGAACAUGACAUCAGAGGUGAACAAGCUUAAGGCAGAGGUGGCGAAGUGGACAAAGCAAGAGGCACAGCAGGUUAAGAAGUACCAGCUACUAGAGCAGACGAAGUCCACCGUGGAACAGGAGCGAAAUCAGUUGAGACAGCAGGUGAGUGUGAUGGAGAGGGAGAUACUGCAGAGCAAGAAGCAGGCGGAGGUGGACCGGAGAGAGAUAGAGAAUAUGAACAGAGAGAAGGAGAUCAUCACAAAGAACAUGCAGAAGAUACAGUCCGAAGCGAUGGAGAAUCUUCAGAUGAUGAACAGGCAGCAGCAACGGCAGCAGCAGUUGGAGCACGAACUGCAGCAAGCGGCAGCCGCGACGAACAGACAGCGCCUCGCGCUCACACAGCUUGAGAAGGACAAGGACAGAAUGCUAGAAGAAUCUAUAGCACUCAAUGAAAAGAUCGACGAUUUGUCUGAGGAAGUCCGUCUCCGCAACGCCGAUAUAUUGGACCUAAACAAGGCGCUGCGGGAAGCCUCCAUCAGGGAGAGGAAGGUGUCAGUGGCGCUGGACAGCAGCCGGGCUGAGAGGAACGUCCUGCACAAGAACCACACGGAAGCGCUAGACGAGAUACAGGACCUGAAACAGAAGAUUAAGAUGCUAGCCUACCAGAUUGAACAACUCAAGGAGGACAUAACAGGCAAGGAGGUGGGCCUCAAGUCCUCUGAAGGUGCUCUCCUCAAGUGUAACAAGAGGGUGGAACUACUGAGGCUGGAGGUGCAGGGAGGACAGACAAGAUUGGCCGAGGCUAAAGCGGAGAUAGCCGCCGCGAAACAGGAGGAGGGGAAACUGAAUAGGAUUAUACAGGACGGCGACGCAGCUCGAGCUAAGCUGUCCAAAGAGCUGGAGGGUCUGGUGAACGAGAGGGACGUCGUCGGCGCGCAGCUGGUGAGGAGGAACGACGAGAUCGCGCUGCUAUAUGAGAAGAUACGGAUACUUGAGGUCACGCUGCAUAGGGGCGAGCGCCAAUACGCCUCACGCGUGGAAGACAUUCGUCUGCUGCGGCUGGAGAUCCUGCGACUGCGGAAGGAGAAGAAUCUACUGUCCAAGGGCAUUGAGAACAUGACCGAUCUACGGCUAGAGGUGUUCAACCUGGAGCGCGAGCUGUGCCGGUGUCGGCUGCGGGCGCGCGCGCUGGAGCAGGCGCUGGCGACGCCGCUCAACGUGCACCGCUGGCGCAAGCUGCACGCCACCGACCCGCGCGCCGCCACGCUGGCCGCCAAGCUGCGGGCCACGCACAAGAAGGUGGUGUCGCAGAGCGAGCAGCUGGUGCUGAAGGAGCGACAGGUGACGGAGAUGCGGCAGCAGUACGAAGCAGUCAAGGACAUGCUGGCGCUGCAGCCCAGCCCCGACCUUCAGCAAGAGCUGAGCAAAACCCAGAGAGUUCUCGCGCAGAGGACGACCAAAAUGAAGUGCCUUGUGGCUGAGCUGAGCAUGCGCGAGCGUCAAGUGACGGACCUGCGACUGGAGGUGGACCGAAUCAACGCCGAGCUGACGUCCUUCAAGCAGAAGUAUUACGAUAUGAAGCGAGUUCUAGACGCAGACGAGGCGCGCCGGCUGAAGACGCCAGUCACUCCCGCUAGUGCUGCCAAAGUGGUAUAAUAAAAUGUUGUUACCUUUUGA